UAAAGAGUCAAUUAAGAAAUAAUAGACCACACCACAAGUCUAAUACUUUUCCUUAACAUGGCUGUUUCACACAACAACCGCAUUCUAUUACUGGCUUUCGUCAUCCUCUGCCUCUUCUCCAACCAAAUAAUAGCUCGAACGUUGAAAGAAAAAACCAAUAUAACUAGUGGGGAUGCCAGCACAGUUCAGCAUAGUAAGGAAUCGCAUGCUGAGGUGUUUAAGCCCAAAGACGAGGAUGUUAACGUUGGUGGUGAUGUGUUCGCAGCGGAUUACACUCCAGCCUCCAGAAAACCACCGAUUCACAAUUAAAUACUUGGCAAUUUUGGUAAAGAAAGUAGAUAGUGCA